GGGUUUUGUGUACGAUAGCCGAAAUAAUUUACAGAUGCGUGGUUUGGUCAUAUUGCUUAUUUCCAAAGCUGCUGGACCCAGCACGGCAGAACUCUCUUUCCAGCACAACAUGGUCAGUGGAAUUUAUUCCAGUCAAAGAAGCCUGGCUGAGAUUACGGAACUGAUCCACACUGCCUUUCUGGUGCAUCGUGGCAUAGUGAAUAUUGGUGAGCUCAAGUCCUGUGAUGGCCCGCUGAAGGAUAUGCAGUUUGGAAAUAAAAUGGCUGUUUUGAGUGGAGAUUUUCUUUUGGCAAAUGCUUGUACGAGCCUUGCACAGUUGCAGAAUACCAAGGUUGUGGAACUCAUUUCAAGUGCUAUUGGUGACUUAGUUCAAGGUAUAUAUUAUGAAAACUCAAAAUCAUCUGAGAACUGUCUUACAGAUGAUAUCAGCAUAUCUACGUGGAAGGAACAGGUUUUCCUGUCACAUAGUGCCUUGCUGGCAAAAAGCUGCCAGGCUGCAAUGGAGCUAGCAAAGCACAGCGCUGAGAUUCAGGACAUGGCAUUUCAGUAUGGAAAGCACAUGUCUAUGAGUCAUAAGCUACAUUCAGACCUUCAGCCAUUUGUUAAAGAAAGUUCUAGUGACACCAUGGCCUUCAGUUUGAAUUCUGCUCCGGCAGUCCUCCAUCAGGAAUUCCUUGGAAGGGAGGCAUGGAUUAAACAGAUCAGAGAGGCACAAGGAAAAGGAAAUAUAAUGGACUAUAAGAAGCUGCAGGAAGCGAUCAAGGGCGGCAAAGGUGUGACUUCUGCCAUCGACCUCUGCCGCUGCCACGGAAACAGAGCACUAGCAGCCCUGGAGCGCUUCCCUCCCUCCGAGGCCAGAGCCGCCUUGGCCAACAUUGUCUACGCUGUGACCAGGUUUCCCUGA